AUGCCCUCAAAUUUCGAUAAAGAAUCAUCUUUAGGUAGCAUCAUUCGAUAUAUGUGUAUCGGGGGAGCGGAUUCUCAUUAGCUGCGGGAGUGGCUGUGUUACGAAUCGCCCAGUAGCUUCUAUAGAGAACAUUUAAAGCUAGGUGGAGACUCUUUCCGACACCUGGCCAUCCCCCCAACAUUUUCCAUCCAAUUCCUCAGAGUCUGAUAUUGAAGAAAGGGCACCAAACCAGAGAUCAGAAUCAUCGAGUUACCAAUACAAUCACAAUCAAUAUCAGAGUAAUGUUCACAUUUACGCGAGUAAUACUAAAGUGACUGCUUCCGCAGACCCAAAUUUUACUACCGCCACGCAAGGCUCUACCUUCGCUGGCAACAAGACCGACGGAGAUAGUACUGCUCUGAUAGGCACAGUAUGUGAGUAAAGUUGCAUACUAGUUACAGUUAUAUCUCCACAGCUACUGUAUGAUACGACUGAAUAUAGUACGACGCAUGAACGUUGAACUGAUACAUCCUUGACAGCAGACACAUCGACUACUCAAAUAUACGCCCCACCUGUUAAAUCAUAUUCCGUACCCCAAGCUGCAGCACAAGAAUCCCCAUCUCUUACUGCAGGGUUCUCGACGGGCCUUUGUCAGGAGCGCAGGUCAAUCUUGGAGACCUUUACCACACAUCAAGAGACGGUGGAAUUUUCUCGCGGAGGGACGACAAUCGAAGCCACAGAAGAAAUAGCGGAGGCCGAGGAAGUAGAGGACGCACUUGUUGGAAUGGCAGGGUAUCUCAGUCAAAAUCACUCAUAUCGUGGGACUGGUGCUAAGCCAAACGGACGUAUCUCUAUUUGCCAUAGGACAGAACCCAUAUCAUUAACAAACGAUCACGCCUUCAUGGAACCAGGAACUAUAAUCACAAUUUCUCAAGAGGAAGAAGGAAAUAUUUCUGGUCGUUCUAUGAUCAUAAUGGUUAAGACGACUGAGGGUCUCUUUGAAUGCCUGUCCCAUUCCGAUAUGAGUAAACGGCUCCCCCCACUAAUUCCAAUAGCGCAUGUACCAGUCCAUGUUAAGGGAAACGCUCCUGAGGAUCGAAAACCUGAUUACAAAGCUUACAUCAGCAUUGUUCUGGAUUCAGAAAACUCGACUUUACGUAAAAACAGUCUCAUUAACUGUCAACACGUGUGGACCGUUGGGCGUGGGGUGCGGUUCAGCGUGGAAGGCGAGGUUGAGAACUUCAAAGACCUUCUAGCCGCUUUUGGGAAUAUCCAGAAGAAACUCUAUAAGGAAAUUAGACAGCAGUUUGGCGUUGAGGAUUAG